AUGGUCAACUCGUUAUCUCAUAUACUUGGUAAAGGUGGUUUUGCAACUGUACAUGCUGCACGUCGAAAAUCCGAUGAUCUUCUUGUAGCGUGUAAGAUGAUUGAUAGAAAAAAACUUGAACAAGAAAAUAUUCAUAAUUUUCCAUCAUAUCCAAAUCAUCGUCAUCCAAUACCUAGUUCACGUUCAACAUCGUUACUUGAUAGAUUAAAUGCUGAAAUAACAAUACAUCAUCAAGUUAAACAUCCAAAUAUAGUUGAAUUAUUAAAUUGUUUUUGUGAUGAUAAAUAUGUUUAUUUAAUACUUGAAUUAUGUUCGAAUGGUGAUCUUGAACAUUAUUUACAAGAGAAAAAAACACUUAGUGAACAUGAAACUCGUAAUAUUACGAAACAAGUUGUUGAUGGUCUUGUCUAUUUACAUAGUCAUGGAAUUCUACAUCGUGAUAUUAAACUUUCGAAUUUACUUUUAACUGAUACAUUCGAUGUGAAAAUUGCGGAUUUCGGUUUGGCAAAAAAAUUACCAUUAACACGUGAACAAACAAAUGAAACAAUGUGUGGAACACCAAAUUAUAUAUCUCCGGAAAUAGCAAGUCGAAAUCCACAUAGUUUUGCAACGGAUGUAUGGUCAUUAGGUAUUCUUAUUGUUACACUAUUAACAGGACGUCCGCCAUUUGAUACUGAUACUGUUCAUGGGACAUUGAGUAAAGUUACACAGGAAAAAUAUGAAUUACCGACAACAUUUAGUGAAGAAGCUCAAGAUCUUGUGAAUAGUACAUUAAGAAAAACACCAGAACAUCGACCAACAAUUAUGGAAAUUCGAGAUCAUCCGUUUUUUUCAAAAGAUUAUUCACGUUCAUCACAUUCGUAUAACGAAUCUAAUAGUUAUCAAAAAUUAUCAUUAUUGGGUCCAAAUGCAUCUGUUGAUAGUGGUCUUGGUGUAUCGAUGGGACGACAACGAUCUGUAUUGAACAGUACUUCGGUAACAAAUACAAAUUAUGCAGCUCAUCAAUAUUCUUAA